CUCUCUGUCCAUCUUUAUUCAGCUCCCUGACGAGAUACAUGUGUGGGUAGAAUGCAAGGACCAUAUGCGUGGGUAGACUCCAAGGACUUUUUGAUGGAGCAAUUACUGGCCAGCUUUAGGAUAUUAUGAUCAGAUGUCAUCUUGGGAGAAACUAGUAGAAGAGAGAUCAAGGCACCAUCACAUAGUCUUUUCCUCUGCUACUGCAGGUUUUCUGGCAGAACAACUGUGGGCAAAGCAGCAGCAAGCCAUGCACCGCACAAGAGCACCACGUGGGACACUUCAAAAAACCAGAGGUGCAGUGGCCUGGCCCUUCUCUAGGCUCUGCAGAGUCUGUGGCCCAACUUUGUUCCAAAUGGCCUUGACGGCUGCUCUUUGGGUUGCUGUUUUCGGCAAAUGUGGUCCACCACCUGAUUUACCCUACGCCUUGCCAGCAACUGAGAUGAAUCAGACAGACUUUGAGAGCCAAACUGUCCUGAGAUACAAUUGCCGCCCUGGCUACAGUAGAGCAACUUCAAGCCAGACUGUUUACUGCACACCUGAAGGGAAAUGGUACAUUACUAUCAUCUGUGUCAAAAAAUCAUGCAGGAAUCCAGGAGACUUACACAACGGACAUGUGGAAGUUAAAACAGACUUUUCUUUUGGAUCACAGAUAGAAUUCAGCUGUUCAGAAGGAAAAGAGCAGGCUUUCCAGGGACAUCAAGCAAACACUGCAUUACAAGCCUUUUCCCCAUACUUUUUAUCUUUUAAUUCUUACUUGUCUUUUUUUCAUAAUUCUGUAGAAAUCACCUGUGCUCAGCCAAAUAUUUCACAUGGAAUAAUUAUUUCUGGACUUAGAACUACCUAUAAACAUAAGGAUGCUAUUAUGUUUGCCUGCAAGAAAGGAUCCAUCCUCAGAGGCAGCAAUUUAAUCCGUUGUGAAGCUGAUGGCAACUGGAAUCCUUCUCCCAUUUGUGAACUCAGUGGUUGCACUAACAUCCCAGACAUUCCCCAUGCUUUCUGGCUGCAUAGUUCCAAGCCAAAAAAAGAUGGUGUGUAUGCGGUUGGGACAGUGUUACGUUACCGCUGUCAAUCUGGCUAUGUACAUGCUACAAAAGAGUCCAUGACUGUGAUUUGUCAGAAGGAUUUCAGCUGGAGCCCAUUCCAAGGAUGUAAGGCUCUAUGCCCGAGACCAGCGAUAAGAAAUGGAAUGCUGUCUGCCAAUAAAGAAGAGUACAUUGAAUCUGAAAAUGUCACCGUCCAGUGUUACUCUGGCUUUGCCAUGCUAGGUUCCCAAAUCAUCACUUGUUCAGAGAAUGGAGCCUGGUACCCAGAGGUGCCCAAAUGUGAGCAGGAGGCCCUUAAAUACUGUGAUCACGUGUUCACAGGCAAGAGAAUUAUGCAAUGUCUGCCAAAUUCAAAUGAGGUGAAAAUGGCCCUGGAGGUAUUCAAGCUGUCCCUGGAUAUUGAACUGUUAAAGCUACAGAUAGACAAGGCAAAACAGACUACCCUGGAGUUAUGACUACGUUUUCUCAAGGAAGAAGAACCUCAUUGGCUUUCGGACUUCAGUGCCAAACAGAAUCCUGUAAAGAGUGGGAUUAAAUCACUUGCUUUUAGCAGCUUUUGUCACCUUGACAUCAAUGUUCAUUGUAAAAAAUAUCCGCUUAGAAUAAUUCAUUAAAGCAUAAUGUCUUAAGUUUAUGAAACAAUUAA